CCUGAACUUGUUUCUCGCUUUCACCUUCAGAAUGCCCUCGAAAUAGACUACUCGUCCCAGGAUGCAGUUCCACACCUCCGGUUCCCUAGUUACCGGUCUCCAAGCCCUGGAGUCCGUGUUUGGAGACAGGGGCUCAGGCUUACCAAAGUUUUGGCUUUGUUGCAAAAGCCAGUCAAGACAACUCUACUCUGGUGAACAAGUGUUCAGAUUGUGACAUAUGUUUGUCCAAGAAAUAAAUAAACAUGCAGUUCUCCCUCCUAUCAUUGGUAGAAGUGACAAGGAAUUUUUGGAAAGUAUACAAAGAUACAUAAUUACAGAAAUGGAAAGAGUGGGCUGUAAUGAGGAAGGACCUGCUGAUGAAUAUUACAUCAUUUAUCGAAAUGUUUUUGAUAAGGUAAUAGAGUAUGUCACUGCAUACAAAUCCGUUCUUACUUCAAUCAAAAAAGAAUAUGAUGCCAUUAUUGAGACAAUGAAGGAAGGCCAAAGAACUGCAUUUUGUCUUCAUGGAAAACUUAAAGCUUUGGCAGCAGAGCCCACAGCAUUGGUGUAUCACAGGAAAAGAACAAUCCAACUUGUGGCAAAAAUGAAUGUUAUUGAAAAUGAUUCCUCAAAGAUUCAAUUGCAAAUAGACAAAAUGAAACAACUUAGGGCAGAGUAUGACACAAAAGAAGUAAAAUACCAUACUUUCUCCAAAGAUCCUUCAAAACCUAUUCCAGGCAUGACUCUUCAAGAAUCCGUCAAUUUAGAUGCUCUCACUAAAUACCUGAAACAUCUUGAGGAUAAAUAUAUUGAAAUUAAACGGAUUAUGUUGAAAAAAUAUGUUCCAGUUCAAAGGAAGGCAGACUUAGAUGAGGAAAUGAUUGUGACAUUAAAACGGAGAGAUUUAGCUGAAAAUAUGAACAAAGAAUUACAGUUUCGUCAUCAAAGACUGCAAAUUAUUUCAAAUGCACUUACUUCAUGGGUAAAAUCUGAUAUGAGCAGCUCAUUUCAAGACCUUGUGGAGGAAAUUCAGAAAACUAAAAGUUUACAUGUAAUUAUAGGUGACCAAGGCAUUGUUGAGGAACUGCUUGAAGAUGAUCCAGGCAAGGCAAAAGAAGCUGAAAUUUUGCUUGGCUACAUUGAAAGGUUCAAUGAAUUAAUGUCGCUUGGUGAAUAUGAAAAGGCAGCUUGUUUUGCAGCACGCAGUCCCAGAAGAAUUCUUCAAAACAUUGGGACAGUGAAUAAAUUUAAGGCUGUUGGAAAAAUUCGAGGAAAGCCUUUUCCCUUACUCUUAUUUUUUGAAGCCGUAUUUAGCACAAGUCAUGCAUGUAGACGUCCUAUUGAUGCAGAACUAACCCUGGAAGGAAUCAAAUGUGGAUUAUCUGAAAAACGUUUAGAUUUAGUUAUCAAUUGGGUCACCCAGGAAAGGCUCACAUUUUCUGAGGAGGUGGGGGAUGUGAUUUGUGAUUAUGGGGAACAGGAUACUUAUAACAAGGCCAAGUGCCUAGCGUUAGCUCAGAUGAUCUACAGUGAAUGUGGCCUGCACAAGAAAGCUCUUCUUUGCCUGUGUAAACAGGGUCAGAUUCAUGGGGCCAUGGAAUACAUACAGCAAUUCAAGGACUUUACUUAUGAUGACCUGAUGCAGUUAAUAAAGUUAUGUCCUCACACUGAAUUAAUUCAGUGUCUCACUAGAGAAUGGAAUGGGAAACCACCAUCUUUAUCUUUUGGUCUUGCUAUACUUCAACUGUUUUCUAUAGAUAUGAAAACAGUUGGCAUUAAGCUACUUCAAGAAAUAAGUAAAGGUGGGAAAGGUAUAAUCGAACAUCUUAUGAUAAAUGAUCCAUUUUGUGCAUUCGAAAACUGGCAAGAAGUGGCAAAUAUAUGUUUACAGAAUGGCUUUGACAAAUUAUCUCGUGAUAUCACGUCCGUUCUUCGUUCUCAGGCUGGAGUUACAGAAAUUUCUGAAGAGGACAAUACAGUUAACUUAAUGGAACAUGUUUUUUGGUAGUUCUAUGUCUUAACCAGUUGAGGGAGCUUAUAUGACAUUUUAUGUGUAUUCAUUGGGCAAACUAACUUUUGGCCAUUUUGGCAUAACUAACUUACAAAUAAAUCUAAAGUAUGAAGCUCUCAGAAAUAAACCAUGCUGCUUUUGUUAUGAUGGCAUUUA